GAACUGCAGGUACGGGGAGGGCGCGUGUGUUUGUUUGCAGCUACCAAACGGGGAAAGGAGGGGGUGAGAAGAGGAAGAGGGUUCGAGGUGCGACUUCCGGGAAGAAGAUGAGUCUUGUGGACGUUCUUUUGUACACGGAGCUGCUGUUAUAAACCUGGGAGUGCCGAAAAGGUGGACUUCCCAAUAAUGACAGGAGCUGCUUCUCCGAUCCUCUCAAGCAAGUUUUCUAUGCCAUGAGUAACACCACCAUGCCCACCUCUGCUGGGCCAACCAAUGACUCCCUGGUGGGCUAUGUUUUAGUGCCGUUUUUCCUUAUCACCAUUGUUGGAGUCGUCAUGGCAGUGAUGAUGUACAUCCAGAAAAAAAGGAGAUACGAUCGACUACGCCAUCAUUUGUUGCCAAUGUACAGCUAUGAUCCUGCAGAGGAGCUGCAUGAGGCUGAGCAGGAGCUUCUAGUGGAGCCAGAGGACACUAAAGUGAUGCGAGGUUGGGGAGGAUACCAGCCCUAUCGUAAUUCAUUUAUGGAUGUGAAAGCUUGAUGCAACUGAGCUGAGACUGACCACAGAGUAUAAUGGAUGACCUCUUCUAUGUGGCAUGUGUGCCAACUUGAAUGCCAUUAACAUUGCUGCCUUUCUUUACACUUCAGCACUAUAGCCUCUUCCAUGACUUCCAGUAACAGAAGGUGAAUGGGUGCCAGCCAUGUCAAGGAGGUUGGCACUGAGCACCUGGAACAAAGAGCAGCUUAGGGAGUUGGAGAGUUGUGUUUGGAAGUAGAACAGCUUGCUGUGCGGCAUUCUUUUUAUCAACUGUCUCCUGAUUUGCAUUUUAUGUGGAUGAUGAGAUACCGGAGUUUCUGAAAUUUUGAGUAAAAUAUUACUGAAUAGCUCUUGCAUUAUGGGUAUUAAUCCUCAAAAGCUCAGCUUCGUUAAAAAAACAAAAACAAAGCCAUUGGCCUCCACUUCCUUUUGUGAAUAAAGAGCAUCAGAGCUGCAGCUGCUGUAAUAUUCCAGCACAUUUGCUAGCUGCCUUCUCUCCUUACUUGCCUAAGUAUGUAAAACGGUAUAUUAUUUAAAGUGGUUGGAUUCCUGUGAUGUGUUGCUGAAUAGAUGCAAGCAAAGGGAAUAAAAUCACCAGUUGCAUAGCUCAGUGCUUGAGGGGUGGUGGUGUACUUCUUUAAAUAGGUAUGAGUACAUGAUAUCAGCUUUGGAAUUGUUUGCAUGCUACAUGCUGGGAGGAUGCAGUUUAGCUAGGAGGGUCGUAUAGAUGCUUAGCAUGUCUAUCAGAAGGGGCCAUAGUUAUUUCUGAAAGUUGUUUCCUUUGGUGACAUGUUUGAGCUCAACAGGAUGGCUCUUUCUAUGCUGACUUUGCAGUUCAUAUUUAGGAACUCAUCUCUGUUUUGUAAAUAAAAACAAUCCUGACCACCAGCGUCAGUGGCAAAACAUCAAACUUUUCCAGUACUGUAACCUGUUAAUGCCUGUCUUUGUGAAUACAGCUUGUUACCACUGAUGUACCUAUGGUGGACCAAGGACGUGUUGGUGCAAUGGUAUCAUUGCUGCCUUGCUGAAGCUGAAAACUCUGUGCUGCCCAUUGCUUGCUGAGCCCAACUAAUGGACACAGAUUAUGCACCUAAUGAGAAAGCUGCACUGGUAACUUUGAGAAAAUGUCUUAAGAGUAUUUUGUUUGCUUUCAUGUCUUUUUUCCUCUGAAAUUUUGAUUUUUGGCAGGGUUUGUGGGUCUUCCACUCAUUUUAAGAAUGCUGGGAUGCGACUAAUACUGCAUAUAUCUGAUGCCUUUUGUGGUUGAAAUAAUGUAUUCCUAACAUGAAGGAAAAAAGAAAUGUGAAGACUGUGGUUCUGGAAAUAAAGUUAAUUUCUCCAUAACAAGACUGCACGCACAUGACAAUGCCUAUUGCAACUGUUGCUUCCAUUCCCAAACACAUAAGGUGGAGCAGCUACAUGGGCUAAAUUAAUCUGGUUUGAAGCCACCAUGAAGAGAAAUAGUUGCCACUCCCUGCAUCAUCUUCCAGUUAAAUCAAUCUGUACUCUGCAGCUAAUUUUUUGUUUUAUGUUGUCAGCGAUCUGUAUGUCUCUAAUCUGUAUCUUCUAUUGUCUGUUAACUCCUUGCUUUGCCAUGGGUCUGCAGGCAAAAGACUGCAAUGUCAUGAUUUACAUAGUGAAGUUCUCAGUUCCUAAAUGUACUGAAUGCUUGCUAUCUUAUAUGUACUGCAUUUACUAACACAUCACUAGAUGUCUGUCUCAAAAUAGAAAUAGAUUUCCCAAAUAGAGAUUAAUUCUGCAUUUCCAUUCCUACAGCAGCUGAAGAAUAGAUUUAAUAACAACCUCCUUCAGUUUGAGGCAUUCUAAGUGUUAGAUUACUACUCUCAUUGUCCUAUGGCUGGAGUCCAUUUUGUGUGGGGCAAAAUUAAAGCUCCUGUUUUGAUCUUUCUAAAAAAUUAAUUCAAGUCCAGUGCACUAGUUGGAUUUAGAUAUAUAAUUGGCUGAUACCCACUAGCACCAGGGGCAUCAGGUCAGGAUUUUUUGCCACUUCUUUGCCCAGGCAAAUCUGUUCUACAGAGUUGAGGUCCUUCCAGAGCAGCAUGAGAGGCAGGAUUGUUCUAUUUUUGGAAACUUGAGUGCUUUUUUGGUAAACACCCAUUGGAUGCAAGAAUUAAAAUUCUAAAAUCAGCUGUA